AACUUAUAUAAAAUCCCCAAUCUUUCAAAUUUCAUUGACCCUUCUUUUUCCCUUUUUCUCUCUCCUCUUCCUCCUCUCUUUCACCGGCGUUUCCAGAUCUGCAAACUUCACCUGCAAUUCACGAUCAGAUCACCGGUUAAAUCCCGGCGAUUUUAGCGUCAAAAGAAAGAAAGAGGAAUUGACAUGGAAGAACAGGGCUUGGAAGGUGGUCAACCUGUAGAUCAGUCGAGACAUCCAUCUGGGAUCAUCCCUACUCUCCAGAACAUCGUAUCAACUGUCAACUUGGACUGCAAGUUGGAGCUGAAAUCUAUUGCACUGCAAGCUCGUAAUGCAGAGUAUAAUCCAAAGCGUUUUGCGGCUGUCAUUAUGAGGAUAAGGGAGCCAAAGACAACAGCCCUAGUAUUUGCUUCAGGAAAGAUGGUUUGCACCGGAGCUAAGAGUGAGCAGGACUCAAAACUAGCUGCUCGUAAGUAUGCUCGAAUUAUACAGAAGCUGGGAUUCCCCGCCUCAUUCAAGAAUUUCAGAAUCCAGAACAUAGUGGCAUCGUGUGAUGUAAAAUUUCCUAUCAGACUGGAGGGGCUUGCAUACUCUCAUGGUGCCUUUUCUAGUUAUGAACCAGAACUAUUUCCUGGCUUGAUCUAUCGAAUGAAACAACCAAAGAUUGUGCUGCUUAUAUUCGUCUCAGGAAAGAUAGUUCUGACAGGAGCUAAGGUGAGAGAAGAGACUUACACUGCCUUUGAGAACAUAUAUCCUGUGCUUACUGAGUUUAAGAAAAACCAGCAGUGAUAAGUUACAGAAGUUGCUGAGCAUGCCAUGCAAAUUUCUGGCAAACUGUAUAUAGAUGAAAGGGGAUGCGGCAUGCAGCACUGUUUUCUUUAGAAGAUAAACGCUGUGGGUUUAUUAGAGUUAUCUCUCCUCCCCUGGAUAAGCUGCGCGUUAGUAAAUGCUGUCUAGAAUUAGAACUUCUAAACUUUGACUUGAAGGUUGUCUAGAAUUAGAUUUUAAACUUUGAUUUGAAGGUUGUCUAGAUUUAGAACUUCUAAGCUUGGUAUUGAAGUUUCUUCUACUGUUAAUAAUGGAACUGUCUGUAUUAGUGCUCAUCAUAAUCAAUCCCGGUAAAAUUACUUUCUUUGGAUUUAAUUGCACCUCAUUUGAUUUGUUAUUGUC